AUGGAAUCGCUGUACGCGCGCGAUACGCCCACAGCACACGAGCGCAAGCUUAAGCUUAUGGGACGUGACUGCGUCAUUGAAGACAAUCAGGUGAUGCUUAAACCAGACUCAGGACAGCAUUCCUCAGAUACUCUUGAAAAUAUAAUGGAGACAUCUACUGGUGCCAGUAUGCACGCAGAUGGUGAGAGUUUUGUUGAGUCUGCUGCGAAUUCAAUUAAUGAGACGUUUGGAUUAAACUAUUCUUCGUCGCCAAGAGAUCUCGAGGAUCGGUGGCAAACGCACAGAGUAGAUGGAAAAGAAGUGCCAAUAGAUAAAAAGACAGAGGAGAGACGUCUGGCGGAGCUCAGUAAAGAUUUGAUUCCAACAUCCGAGAUAUUGGAAAUGAAAAAGAAAAAUCUGGAAGUUCAGCAUGCAAUGCAACACGAACAAGGAUCAGUGGUCUCAAGCGCUAUCUCAGAAGUAACGCAACAGACUCGAAGAUCAGGAGUAGCUUCAGUACCUCGCAAGGCAAGACCGGCGAUCACGAUCAUUACCGGCUCAGGCUCUACAGGUCUUGGGGCUAAACGGCCACCUCCAACGCCCGUCUCGCCUCCGAUUUUUACUUGGAAUGAUAUUUUGCGGGUGCAAAACUUGAUCGAGAGAUGUCUUCAGCAGUACUUAAGCAAGAAUGAUAUUCUAGUUACGCUCAAAGAGCAGGCUAAUGUGGACCCAUCAUUCACAAAUGUCGUGUGGCAAAAGCUCGAGGAGCAAAACCCAGUGUUCUUUCGCGCCUACACUCUCCAACUUCAACUUAAGGAACAGAUCAUCGCUUUUAACUAUCUCGUUGGUCAACAGAAGGAGUUGAUAGCAAAUGGCGGGAAACGGCUCUUACAUUACAGCAACGCUAAUCAAACCUCAGCAACUAUAGCGUCGACAACUUGCUUAAUAGCGACGACACCGACGUUACCUCCGAUCAGUAUGGAUGCACGAACCUUUUUACGAACACCAAUGUGUUCUUCCAAGCGGUCGAAGCAAAACAUGUACUCGGUAGCCAGUCCUAUCGUAUGUCUACGGAGCACGUCCGCAGGCAUGACGACACUGACCCCACCAUCACCUUUGCCAUUGCCAUCGCCUAUCAAGACGGACUUGGACACACACGCCUUUUUUACUUAA